UUAGGUUACGCGCUUGUUGAAGUGCCACGUUCACUGUGGAACAACGCCAAGCCGGGCUUUACCUUAGAAUAUGCUUAUUUCAAAGCAGCUAAACUCAGCACAGAUAAGGCGGAGGCUGAGGAGAUUGUAGAUGAUGUGCUAGAGUCACUACAGGGCAUAAGCCGCGCCGUUCCUAAUAAUCACGAAUUACGUCCCUGUGUAGAAACUAUACUGCGUAAAGUGCCAACUGAACUGUUGGAACGCGCGGUACGCAACUAUACCCGAGCAGGAGGAAAUGGUGGCACCUCAACGAUUGUUCCUUCAGAAAGGGCUUUAGUGCGUAUACAUAAACAAGUGAUAAAAUCCUUACAGACAUUACAACGAAGCGAAUCCCUUUGGAGCGUGCAAGUGCAGAGAGUUUUGCAUUUGGAAGAUGUAUCACGUAAUAUGCACUCAGCAGACCGGCGAUUUAAAGCUGAAUUCCCACCAAAGCGAACUCAGCUUGGUACUGCCAUUUAUAGCCCAACACUACACUGGUAUUGGGAGUGUUUAUAUAAAUCACCAUUUUUGAAGAUUCUAUGUGUUUUCACUACAAUCAUGUCAUUUAUGGUCGUAUGGAGUGAGCUUACCUUUUUUAAUCGGCGACCAGUUCUGUCCAUAUUUGCGAAUGUUAUUAAUAUGGCCAAGUAUAGUUACGACUUCUUCACAAUAGAGCUAUUUUCCAUGACUGUGCUUUGCUAUCUCUUUUAUUGCACUUACUCUACGAUUCUCCGAAUACGUUUCCUGAAUUUAUAUUAUUUGGCUCCUCAUCAUCAAACCAAUGAGCAUAGUUUGAUAUUUAGCGGUAUGUUGUUGUGCCGACUGACGCCACCCAUGUGCCUAAAUUUUCUAGGACUAAUUCACAUGGAUUCGCAUAUAAUUAAAGAGCGUAUUCUCGAAACCUACUAUACCCAAAUAAUGGGUCAUAUGGAUGUUUUAGGCAUUAUCUCGGACGGCUUUAAUAUUUACUUUCCAAUGUGUAUGUUGGCAUUUUGCCUCACAACUUGGUUUAGUUUGGGGAGUCGAGCGUUGAACGCCAUGGGAUUUCAACAAUUUCUUCAAAAUGAAACUAUUGCCACUGAGUUGGUACAAGAAGGUAAAGAUCUGAUUGCACGAGAAAAGCGACGGCGACAACGCUCCACUGAAGCCACAUCACGACGAAGAGAUCUCACAUCUGUGACAAACGAAUAUAUUGCUAAGUAUCGUAAUUUAGCAGGACCCAACGCACAAGCUGGGGCCGUUGGCAAUUUACGUUCACCAACGGAUGGUCUGUUAUGUGAUGGGGACAGUUUUAGCUAUGCGACUGUUUCAUCGUCGUUAAACACUCGUGCUCCACCCCUGGGAGUUCCACGCAGUCUGUCUGAAGAAAUUAAUGAACGCUUUGGUGUCAGCAAAAAUGUGGAGGUUGGCUUUAAAGGCAC